GGCAGUCUAUAAGGUCAGCCCCACUGGAUUCUCGCAAGAAUUCACAUCUUUGAGCGAGUGAAUGGGAUUUCGACUCAUGUCUUCUAUCGCAACACCUAGAAUAUUAAAAAGAAGCAUUUCCCCUCUCAUCUUUUCGACUUCCAACAAACCACGUUUUCUAGUUCAGAACUGUUUCACUGCACAUCAACCACUUCGUCACACCUUUUUUGCACAACGCAAACACGGCAUCAUGGCUGACGAGGCUCAUUUCAAUGUUGAGGACAAGAUGCAGAAUAGACCCCCAAGAUCAAGAGGUGAUAGGGGACGAGGGAAAGGCGGUGGUGGCGGUGGCCAUGGAAGAGAGGUGCAGGUGUCGAAGGCCUUGUCCAAGCUCUUGAGACAUCAAGCAGCUAAUGCUGGCAUUCAACUCGACGAUGAAGGCUAUGCGCCUUUGGAUGUUGUGCUCGCCUGGGGCCCUUUACGAUCUUUAAAGGUCACGUUUGACGACAUCCAGUCCAUUGUCACUUCCAACGACAAGCAACGGUUUACACUCAAGCCCAACCCCGUCAAGAACCCUUCCCUAGAUACCAAAUCCACCACACCAGCCGAUUAUCUCAUCCGUGCCAACCAAGGUCACUCCAUCAAGCUUGAGUCAGCAGCUCUUCUGGCGCCCAUCACACUCGAGGGCGGUAACGUCCCUGAGCGUGUCCUUCACGGAUCCUUCUUUUACUUUUGGCCACGCAUCGUCGAGUCCGGCGGCCUCAAGCCCAUGAGUCGUAACCAUGUCCACUGCUCAACUGGAACGCCCGAGGAGGGCGUCGUUAGCGGGAUGCGUAAGGAUGCAGAGCUGAUUAUCGAGAUCGACGUUGAAGCAAGCUUGAAGGAUGGCGUGAAGUGGUGGCUGAGUGACAAUGGAGUGUUGCUGACGGAAGGCGACGAGCAGGGGGUUUUGAGCACCAAGUACUUCAAGUUGGUGACGGGGCGCAAGGUUGAUGUUGGGGUACUGUGGCAAGACGGUCAGUGGAUUACUGAUCUACCAGCUGGCUUGAAGAUAAGUCCUCCGCCUGGAAAGGGUCCUCGACAGGGUGGAGGAAGAGGAGGAAGGGGUGGUAGACGCUGAGGCCCGUAGAUAUCAGAAAUUAUCCCAAAAGCGUCUGGUUUAUAGAGACAAUAUGAUAACGCGGCAUCCUAGGACUAUCUUGAUGCACGCCACCGUCACUGAAGAAAGAAUUAAUUCAAUGAUUCAACGACAUCCACUUAGUUGACUCUCCAGUCUAGAUCAACUCGAUUCGCU